GAUUGAUUUACAACAAGGAAUUCUGGUUCAUAGAAAUUUUAUUUCACCAAGUUCUUGUGAGUCACUUCUUAUAUAUUCUAGGAAUUGGUUCAUAGCCCACAAGGCACUAAUUAUGAUGCAUUACCUUCUUAUGCUCCGUUUUCUUUUCUACUGUCUGAAUACUUUAAAAUGGAGGGAUUGUUAGAGGCCCAUGUAUAUUGGGCCCAUAUUUGGUUUCAAAACAUUCUUAUUUAGUUUAGUACUACAUUGUCUAUUUGCAAAGCCUUGACCCAUCUUAUAUGUGCCAAUAUUCAUUAGCCCUCAACUUUGGUUCAAUGGUUAUGCUCUCUUACAUGCAGGCGCAAAGGGGGAGGGGUGCAAAUUUUAGGGUUGGAUUCAGAAUUUGGCUUGAACUCAUGUAGGCGCAUGAUGCGGACACGAAUGCAAAGAUUUACUUUGCUUCUUUGGGCUUCCAGAGCUGCCUCUUUCCUUCGGAUCUCAACCUUCAAUAGAAGCUUCUCUUCUGUUCUAAAGGAUCUCAAGUACUCCGAAACUCACGAGUGGGUAAAAGUAGAUGGCUCAUCUUCCACAAUAGGAAUCACUGACCAUGCUCAGGAUCACUUAGGAGAUGUUGUUUAUGUAGAAUUACCAGAUGUUGGCAAUGCUGUGACACAAGGUAAAAGUUUCGGUGCUGUUGAGAGUGUCAAAGCGACGGGUGAUAUUAACUCACCCGUCUCUGGAGAAGUAAUUGAUGUCAAUACCGAGCUGAAUGGAUCUCCCGGUUUGGUUAAUGCAAGUCCAUAUGACAAGGGAUGGAUAAUAAAAGUUCAGAUUAAGAAUGAGCAUGAAUUGGAUUCCUUGAUGGACUCUGAAAAAUACGCCAAAUUCUGUGAGGAAGAAGAUGCUAAACAUUGAUGAAAAAUUUCGUAUUUUAGAUCGCCGAAACUUCUUGCUUCGCAAACUCUGAAAGUGAUCAUUUUUUUUUUUUUGCGACCGAAUAAUCAUCUGUCAACUCUCUUCUCAAGCUUUGUAGAACUGCACAAAGCUGUGAUGUUUAUCAUGCUUUUGAGUUGAUUUUUUGACAUUUUAUUCAAAUUUGAAGAAAAAAAAAGGAGUUUAAUGUUGAAACAGUUACUGUAAUGAAUGCAAAUGGAGUUGCAUGAAUGUAUA